CACGCAGGUGAUGGCGGUGAAAGGUGUGGUGACAGGUACGUUCACUGGCUGGUUUGAACUGAAAAAGCACAAAGCCGUCGAGCUGGAAAAUCUGCUCGUUAACACACCCGCCUCCAGAAACUCCGUGAGGUAUCCAGGUAGAGCCCGUGUACACUUAAGGUAGGCUACAUACGCAGUUUACACCAAAAGGUGCCAAAAAAUGAGCGGUUUCGCAAAAUUAUUCAAGGGGAGCUCGAGCUCCAAACACCACCGGUCGAAGGGAGGACCCUCACCCCAAGAGGCCAUCCACAAACUCCGGGAAACAGAGGAAAUGUUGACGAAGAAACAGGACUACCUGGAGAAAAGGAUAGAGCAGGAACUUGCUAUAGCCAAGAAGCAUGGCACGAAAAACAAGCGAGCUGCCCUGCAGGCCUUGAAGAGGAAGAAGCGCUUGGAGCAGCAGCUCACGCAGAUCGAUGGCACGCUCUCCACCAUCGAGUUCCAGAGGGAAGCUUUGGAGAACUCGCACACCAACACAGAGGUCCUGAAGAACAUGGGCUACGCUGCCAAGGCCAUGAAGAAGGUCCACGACAACAUGGACAUUAACAAGAUAGACGAUCUGAUGCAGGAUAUCACAGAGCAGCAGGACGUGGCCCGAGAGAUCAGUGAGGCCAUCUCCGGACCUUUUGGCGAGGCAUAUGACGAGGACGAGCUGCUGGCAGAGCUGGAAGAGCUGGAACAGGAAGACCUCGAGGAAAGCUUGAAGAGUGUGGACGACCUACCCAGCGUGCCCAGUUCCAAACUGCCUUCAGCCAGGCCCAGUCAUCGCGCAACAACCAAGAAAAGGGUUGAAGACGAUGACGACAUGCGUAUGCUGGCUUCAUGGGGAACUUAAGUGCAGUAAGGCAGCCUUAAUGGACUUAGCCAGAUCUCACUCUCUCUCUUUUGUAGCUUUUAUAUUAAUUUUGAAGGUUUUUAGGGAAAAUGAAGAGCAUUACAUUAUUUUUUUUAAAUGAGCUUUUUACUUAUUGGCUUGUUUUGCCACUUUACAUUUACUUUAUAUUUAUCGAGAAAUUGGAAAAUUAAAGUGAAGGAAUCAAGAUUUAUGUGCCCAUGUUUCUUUUCUCGUUUUCUGUUUUCCUUUCACAACACUGAUCAUUCUUAUUCAGCCUGUACAGAAUGCACUACUUUCAUAGGCCUAUUGAAGAUGUAAUAGGAUAUGAAUGUGAUGUUUUUAACACAGAGCAGAAUGAUUAUCUAUAUUUGCUGUAAAUAAAGUGUGAUUAUGCAUGAUGUUGUAAAUAUUGCUUUAUCAACAUUCAACAAUAAAACAGUCGCCUACA